AUGAGUCACCGUAAGUAUGAAGCACCCCGCCAUGGCUCACUCGGCUUCCUCCCAAGGAAGCGUUCUGCCCGCCACCGCGGAAAGGUCAAGUCCUUCCCCAAGGAUGACCCCAAGAAACCGGUUCACUUGACUGCCUUCAUGGGCUACAAGGCUGGCAUGACCCAUGUUGUCCGUGAUCUCGACCGACCAGGCUCCAAGAUGCACAAGCGUGAAGUCGUCGAAGCGGUAUCGAUCGUCGAGACACCACCCCUCGUUAUUGUUGGUGUUGUUGGUUACGUCGAGACUCCUCGCGGCCUGCGCACUCUCACCACCGUCUGGGCCUCCCAUCUCUCCGACGAAGUCAAGCGUCGAUUCUACAAGAACUGGUACCGAUCGAAGAAGAAGGCGUUCACCCGAUACGCCAAGAAGCACGCUGAGGAUGGCGGCAAGUCUGUUGCCCGUGAACUCGAGCGUAUCCGCAAAUACUGCACCGUCGUCCGUGUUCUUGCCCACACACAAAUCCGCAAGACUGGUCUCAGCCAGAAGAAGGCUCACCUUAUGGAGAUCCAGGUCAACGGUGGCUCGAUACCCGACAAGGUCGAAUUCGCCCAUGGCCUGUUCGAGAAGCCGAUUGAGAUCGGAUCCGUUUUCGAGCAAGAUGAGUGUAUAGAUGUCAUUGGAGUCACCAAGGGUCACGGAUUCGAAGGUGUCACCCACCGUUGGGGUACCAAGAAGCUUCCUCGCAAGACUCACAAGGGUCUCCGCAAGGUCGCUUGUAUUGGUGCAUGGCAUCCUUCGAAGGUCAUGUUCUCUGUUGCUCGUGCCGGUCAAAACGGUUACCAUCACCGAACGGAACUCAACAAGAAGAUCUACCGCAUUGGCUCAGCUACCGACGAGUCCAACGCUUCAACCGAAUCCGACAUCACCAAGAAGACCAUCACACCCAUGGGUGGCUUCCCCCACUACGGUAUUGUCAAGAACGACUUCUUGAUGCUCAAGGGCUCCAUCCCCGGUACCAAGAAGCGCGUUGUCACGAUAAGAAAGUCGCUCAUGGUACAUACUUCGCGCCGGGAUCUCGAGAAGGUUCAACUCAAAUUCAUCGACACGUCCUCCAAGUUCGGUCAUGGUUCGUUCCAAACCUUCGAAGAAAAGGCUGCGUUCAUGGGAACGCUCAAAGCCCGUGCAUGA